AUGUUGGAGAAACUGAGCCAACAAAUUGAAGAAAUUGCGAAUGUUGUCAAAAAUCUUGAAGUUGAGAUUAGAACCGCGAGAGUUGCGCCAUCCACGGGCGCUUUGAAAAAUGUUUCCUUUAAAAUUGAUGAUGAAAAAGAGCAUGACGGUCUUCAGAGGAUCACUAGCUAUACUUCUAUAACAUCAGUUUCCGAAUAUGGCGAUGCUCCUGACUCAUGGAACGAUUCGGAUUCGCCGACGUUAUCGGAACCGGUCUGCCAGCUCAUCGAACCUCAGGGAUUCGAAGAUAUUGACGCUCUUUUCGGAACUACAAAAGUCAAGGAAGGUCUUGUUACAUUGAGAAAACGCUAUGAAGGCGGUGAGAAAUCGAUUGACCUUCUUUGGAGACUUGCCAAAUUGUGCAGCGAGAGCGCCAAUUUCGAGGAGAAGAAGAAGCGUCAAGAACUGAUCGUUGAAGGCAAGAAGUACGCCGUCGAGGCGUAUGAAAUCGAUCCGAACAACUUUUUGGCGGCUCGCUGGGCGGCGUUGAUGUCCGGCAAAGUCACCGAAUAUCUUGGAACGAAGGAAAAAAUCGAGGAAGGCAAACGUUGCAAAGAGUACAUGGACAAGGCGCUCUCGUUGAACUCCAAAGACGACUCGCUUCUCCAUUUGCGUGGUCGCUGGUCGUUGAGUGUCGCGCAAUUGGGAUGGCUCGAGCGUAAAGCGGCCGCGUUGCUCUACUCGACGCCACCGACGGCCACCAUCGAUGAGGCGAUCACCGAUCUUAAGGCGUGCUAUGAGAUCAACCCGAAAUGGAUUGAUAAUCUCUUGUAUUUGGGAAAGGCCUAUAUUGCGAAUGGUGAUAAGGCUGCUGCCAAGAAGUAUCUUGAGGAGGCGCUCGCCUCGCCGGUUCGCAAUGAUCACGAGAAGGAGUCGCUGGCCGAAGUGAAGGCGUUGAUCGCCAAAUGCUAA